AUGGGGGACGAGGUGGUAAUAGAGUUGGCGUCGCUACUACAGUCACCUCGUACUCCGGUACUCGACUCUUCCUCGGCUGCACAUUCAUCUCCAUCAUCUUCUACGUCCACAGAUGUGUCCGUCCCCCAAAAUUCGACUCACGCUACACAUCAUGGUCAUAGUCAUGGACACCACCCUACGUGUCAACAUUCUCAUGGCGAGACGCCCCCCGAAGAACAAGUUCCUUUGACUCCAGUAGAGGAACUAUUUGCAUGUACAAAACGCAAUGAUUUAGCACAGUUUGUGCAGCUUGUGGCAAAAUACGGUGAUGAAUUGGCACGUGAACAACGAGACCCACAAGGCCAUACGCUUGCCCAUUGGGCAGCACAAAAAGCUAGUGGUGAAUUUCUCACCUAUUUACAUUCGAUUGGAGAACCUAUUGAUGCUCCUAGUAACGAUGAUAAGGUACAAUUACACCCAAUUCAUUGGGCGUGUGCCGCAGGUAACUUAAGUGCGCUACGAACACUUGUCCUUAAGCUCAAAGUGGACGUGAAUACUUGUGACGCCAAGAAACACCGCUCUCCUCUAUUAGUAGCGGCUCAACAUGGCCAUCCAUUAUUGGUACUCUUUUGUGUACGAAAUGGAGCGGACGUCACACUAGUGGAUGUGGAUGGCGAUACAGCAGUCCACUGGGCAGCGUACAAAGGAGCUACUGAGAUAAUCGCAGUUUUUCAGUACUUACAAGUAAAUUCCAAUGCACCAGAUAAAUAUGGACAGACUCCAUUGCAUCUCGCUGCAAUGCGAGGAGAAUUAGAGACGGUCCAGUAUCUUAUCGAGACUUUAGACGCAGAUAUUCAUGCAUUGGACUCAAAACAGCGCACCCCACGAGAAUUAGCACAAUUAAAACUUUAUCAACACGUUGUCCGGUACUUAAAACAACGGGAAAUUCGUGAAACAGCAUGGCAUUUUGCAGCAUUUACAUGGUGGUGCAAAUCCGAGAGUCGAGCGCCGUACCAUUUUACCGUGUGCAAUGCAAUUCUCGUAACCUUUAUCUAUCUGGUUAUCAUUUUUCCAAUGAUGCCUGAUCGACGUAAUGUGAUGGUACCACAUUUUGCAUGGAAUAUCGUAACCUGGUACUUUUUCUAUCGAAUUGUUGCAACGAAACCAGGGAGUGUACCAAAAGAUAAUCGCAAGUAUCAUGUUGAAUAUGAAAAUAUUCUCGACGCACUUCUUGGUACCCAUGACGACGAUGAAAUGAAAGAAGAGAGUGCAAGUUUAUAUGCUCAACGAAAAUGUCUCGAACGUCCAUUAUGUCAUACAUGUCAUAUCCAACGUCCACCACGUUCAAAGCAUUGUCGAAUAUGCAAAACAUGUGUACCAGUUUUUGACCAUCAUUGUCCUUUUGUAGACAAUUGUAUUGGACGUGAUAACUAUGCAGCAUUUCUACUUUUUCUCUUGGCUUUAGCACUUGAUUUGAUUGGAAUGGAAUACAUUCUUUACUUGCUAUGGCGAUAUCAUCAUACUGUACGAUUCUACACUAUCAUUGCCAUGAUUUAUCUCUUUCUAGUGCUAUUACCAGUGUUGGAAUUAUCAUGUUUUCACAUUUAUCUCUUGAUUCGAAAUCGUACAACAAACGAAGUGCUUAAUGCAUCACGUUAUCGCAUUCAACGAGGUACUGAAUCACUUUCGUAUGAUCGUGGGAUUGUACGUAAUGUCAGUGAACGUUGUCUUGGUUUAAGUGAUUCCAAUGAGAUGGAAAGUUUCGAUGAAAAGGAACAAUUGCUUUCAAAUCAACUUGAAUUUCUUCCUGUUUAG